AUGAGAGUGGCGAAUGGAGUUGGUUCAGGGGAGGAAGUCGGCGACGCUGUGCAGAGAGCUCGCUGCUGCGGUGGUUGCUCAGGUGGGCGCGGCUACUCGAGGCGUCGGGGAGGAGGCAAGGGGAUGAUGAUGAUGGCGGCGAGCUCUGGGCGUUCAUCGGAGAAGGGAGGGGCGACGAACAGGGGAGGCGUUGCUGGGCGUCGACGUGCUCAGGCGGCGGCGACGUGCUCAGGCGGAGGCUGCAGGUCGAGGUCGGAGGUCAGGCCGACGGGAGAUGGGAGCAGGUCGGAGGGAGCUCGAAGGGGUGAGGUGGCCAGAACGCGACGCUGGGCUUGGGGGCGGCUGGUCUCAGGCGGUCGUCGACGUGGUGGAGGAGCUUUGGAGGCGGCAGAGGUCAAGGCGGUGGCUCAGGGGGUGUCGAGUUCGUCGGAGGCGGAGCGGGUGGUCGAGGUUGGUGAGCGGAGCAUGGUCGAGGUGCGGGUGAUGGGCGGCGGAAGAGAAACGCGAGAGAGAGAGAAGUCAGGCGGCGGCCGCGGGGCUGGAGGUGGCCACGGUGGCGGGUCAGCUGGCGGCUAG